GGGGUGGAGGGAUUUCGAUCAGAAACCUGAUCUGUUUGGAACCCAUUCUCUGCUCUCUUUCUAACUCCUGUUUGGAUAACGUCAGUUUAACUUUGAAUUUGACUUUUCCUCCUCCUACCAGACAGCACUUUGGGAAACCUGGCUGGAAAACAAAGUUUCCGAAUAUACUGUGGAAAUCUGAUUUGUGUAUUGUCGUGAAGUGUCCCUCCUGUCCAAGGUGCUGUAGGCAUUGCCUAAGUGGCUACAGAGGCUUUUGCAUCACUUCUCAUGGGAGAGAAUUUAUUUCCACCUCCUGACUCUGAAGAGCAGACAACUAUCUCCUAUGAAAUAAAAUCCAGAGGUACUUUCUACCAAAGAAGAAGGCACUUCAUUGGAUAUCUGCAUGCUCAAGCCCAAGACGAGCAAUGGAAGCCCGGCCUGGAUUGGCCUGGGUCUUGCUGCUGAGCCUCAUUGCUGAGUGUCUGAAGCUGGUCCAGUCUCGGGAGUUCACAGUGAAAGAUAUCAUCUACCUCCAUCCUUCAACAACACCCUAUCCUGGUGGGUUCAAAUGUUUUACAUGUGAAAAUGCAGCAGAUAAUUAUGAGUGCAACCGCUGGGCUCCAGACGUCUACUGUCCAAGAGAAACACAAUACUGUUACACAAGGCACAAAAUGAAUGCAAAUGGCGACAGUUCAUUGGUUACAAAGCGGUGUGUAUCAUUGAAGGACUGUUUAUCUGUGGGAUGCACACAACCUGAUAAUGAAGGAUACAAGGUCUGCACCUCAUGUUGUGAAGGGACAAUCUGUAACCUCCCAUUACCUAGAAACACCUCCCAGGCAGUAUUUGCAACAUUAUCUCCUAUAAAUCAAACAACUCGACAUUCGCUUCACUCUGCAAUGACUUUAACGUGCAUUAGUCUUCUCUUGUUGCUUAUUGAAUAGCUGGUGCUAUUCGAUGCUUUCAUGUACAGCGUUAUCUAACAUAGUAUUUAUUUUUGUAUGAUACAUUUAUACAGUAAAAUGUCUUAUAUGCUGUAAAAAUGGUUAAGCGAUGCUAAACUGUUUUCUGUUGAGAGUGCAUGUAAUUUGAGAAAAAAAUCUUGGAGUGCAUGAUGACGAAAAUUUGAAGUCAAUAAUCGAUAUUUAUAAGCUGUUUAUCCAUUACUGUGUAUUAUGCAAGCAUGAACAUGGCAAAGUAGACAGCAACAAGGUCAAAGACCUGAGCUACUGAUCCAAGGUGAUCAAUUCCAAUGAGAUUUAAUUAAAAGAAAAUCAAAAAAUAAACUGGUAUCUGUAAUAAUGAAAUGAAAUUACCAUAUUGCCAUAAAAGUGCACUUGGUUUAUAAAUAUCCUAUGGAUUCCUUACCCUGCCUGGCUUUAAUAUGGCCUCCAGACUCUCAGUAAUGUGAUUGACUCUUUACUUCCAUUUGAAGCCACUCAGUUUUUUGAUGGCUCGCCAUCAGCUUCUAGAAUCAUACAGCAUGGAAACAGGCCCUUUGGCCUACCAAGUCCACACCAACCAUCAAGCACCCAACAAGUUUCUGCAAUAAUCCCAUUUUAUUCUCCCUACAUUCCUGUCAUGCUCCCUUCAGAAUCUAUCCCUCAUCCACAUACUAUUGGCAAUUUAUAGUGGCCAAUUGAUCCAUCAACACUCCCGUCUUUGGGAUGUGGGAGUAAACUGGAGUUGUGGUUACGGGGAGAAUGUGCAAACUCCACACAGACAGCUUGAGAUCAGGUUUGAACCUGGUCAGUGGACCUGUGAGGGAACAGCUUUAUUAGCUGUGCACUGUGCCAUCCUCAGGAUCUACCUCUAUCCCUGUGCUGCAGCUAGGAUUUAUCAUUAGGCAAUAAUUGAAUUACAGUACAAAUAUUACAUCACCAAUUGUUUCUGAUGAAACCAAAUCAACAAUUCCAGUUUGGGCAACUUGCAAAACAACAUUGUAGGUGGGGGAAAUAAUGAGAGUUUACAUGGUUUCAAUUACAUAAUGGAACCUCCAAAAACAAAAAGUGUGCCAUGGGAUCAGCAUAAAGAGCUUUAACAGAACUCAGUGGUGCUCACCUUUGUCAAAAUCUUACACAGAAAAUUCAGUCUUGUUUGACUUACACAAUAAGAACUUGUGGCAAAAUGGGAAGAGUUAGUGUCCUACAACCCCGUAAUAACUAACAGGUAUCUUAAGUCUCAAAAGUAGGUGGGAGGUUGUAUCGGAUGGGGGAGUAAGUGAUAGCAGUGGGGUGAUAUUAUAAUGUGAGAUUAAACCACCCAACAGCUGUGAAACUCACAUUAUAACAUUACCAUUAUAAUAUAAUAUCAAAUUAUAUUACCCCUUACACUAGGAAUCCUACAAGACAAACUGACUUGUUGGGCAAUCAGUUCUCACCAACAAAAGCAAUGAUUUUCCAUGAGAACUAAGUUUUAGCUAAAAUGCAGUUGGAGACAAUAUAGUAAACAAAAGAUUUAUCGAUGGGCUGCCAUGUGAAUCUCACUUGCCCAUUCUUCGCAAAGACUUAAAGGAAAUUAUGGAUACAGCACGUGGAGAACAUUUGGCUGUGGAAAAGCACAAGCCUACAAAGAUCAAUUCAAUUUUUCUGCACCUUAAUUCAAUACAUUCAGAAUCAACUGCAGAGUAUAAAUGAAUACUUCAUUCAUUGUGAGCAUUUUGCAUGCUGCUUUUCACACAAGAUAUGUCUGGAUAUAAAAUGAUGGGAUUCUUUUGAGCACUGCAGGAACUUUCCUCAGCAAGUCAGAAGGGUUAGUGCUGAUGGUCUGCACAUCUGGAGUUACAUCAGGUCCACUCCAUGGAACACCUGUGUGCUUGUGGCUUACUACAUAACAUAUUUAAUAACUUUGAAAGUUGGUCCAAUGGACUCCUAACCUGGAAAAUUCCAGAUCAACCAUAGAGGUAGUUAACUGAGCUUAGGACUAUUGUAACUUUUACUGAAGGGUGAUCACGUCACAGUUGGGUGAGAAGGACAGCUCUAACCCUUUGCCCGUUUCCUUUAUUCUGACAGCACAGUAAUUCGCUCAGCAGCAGACACAAACUAACAUUUUAUGUCAACUGCCACGUUCAUCACCUGCAAGCACUUUCUGCAUUGUGGAGAGCCACAGUAGCCAUGACCAGCUCCUUAAAGUAAUCCCUUGGCCUCUCCUCCUUGUCCACUAGGUCACCAUGCUUUAACCCAUUUCCUCCAAACUCCUCCUACACCACCUUUCUCUCACGAUCCCCGAUCCUUAAAUCCCACCUCAUUCUUUGAUAUCAUCACUUUCUAAACCCUUUCCUAAUCCACAAGCCUUUCACAUCAUAGAAAAUGCAGGUGAAGACUGUGGCAGUGCUGCACUCUAAGACAGCUCUUCACAUGUCCUCAGACCACAGAUAGUGUGGCAAAGGAAGGACUUGGCUGUGACUGCUAACCUAAUCGAUGUGGUGAUGUCACAUACAAAACUCAUUGUUCCACAGUACUGUGUGACUAAAAAUAAAAAUUGACAAAUUUGUUCUUUCUUUUGCACACAAUCCAUGUCCACCCCAUGAAUCUAACGUUGGCCUCGGCUGCUAAAAAACUGCGGUGGGUCACUUUGUCAUUGCCGAUAAAAUGGCUCAAUAUGAGAGAAACAUUCUGCAGGAAUGCAUCUCCACUUUAAUGUGGGAUUCAAUGGAAAAAGGUUUGUGUUACAGAAAAUCACGAUAGGGCUGUUUCUCUAGGAAUGUAAUCCCUCCAUAAUGUGGGGUCACCUGUAGUAAAGGAAUUAAGCGAUAGGAGGAGAGGGAGAAAAGUGACAUUAGAUUGAGGAAGAUCAGCCCUGAUUUGUUGAAUGCAGAGCAGGCUCGAGAGGCUUGGGACCUACUCCUGUUUCUUAUAUUCUAAUGUGCAUUUGUCUUCAAGUGAGCUUUUGACCACAAUCCAUGCCAUCACCAAAUCCCCUGCUUCCAUCUCCAUUCCUUUGCUAGCUCUAGUCUUAAUUGUUCCAGCUGAACAUCCCCCAACCUCAACCCCUCACUUGUUCUCACUGACCUUUAUUCACUUUAAAACUGAGAUGAGGAGGAAUUUCUUCAGAGGGUGGUGAAUCUGUGGAAUUCAUUGCCACAGACAGCUGGGGAGGCCAAAUCAUUGGGUGUAUUUAAGGCAGAGAUUGAUAGGUUCAUGAUUGGCAAGAGGGUUAAGGGUUACAGGGAGAAGCCAGGAGAAUGGGGUUAAAAAAAAAAAUCAGCUAUGAUCGAAUGGUGGAGCAGACUCAAUGGGCUGAAUGACCUAACUCUGCUCCUUUGUCUUAUGGCUCCCAGUCCUGACUCAUCCUUAUUUUCAAAAUUAUCCAUGGUCUCAGUCCUCCUCACCAUUAAAUCAAAUUUUAUACUCUUACGUGAUUUGGUAUAAAAUUUAAUUUGAUUAUACAUCUGUAAAGUUUCUUUGAUGUAGUAAAAUAUCACAAGUGCCACAUAAUGCAAGCAAUAGUCGUCACUUAAUGACAAACUUACUUCACCAAACUGUUUAUUUUUUGUUUGUAAUCCUGGUUUAGCAAAAGUAUUGUUUUGUUUCAUUUCUUUUUCUGCUAAAUGAAUUUCAAAACCCACUUUGAACCAGACCUGCUAGCAAGAAGGACACGGAGAAGAAGACAACAUUAGCAUGGAAGUUUACAAAGGGCCACGAGAAUAUUUUCAUGAGCUUUCAAGUGAUGUGUUUAGUUCAGGUCAGAAGGUUGAUUCGUGUAGUCAAAAGUAGAUCCUAAAUAUCUUAGAGAAACUAAGCGUUCAAUUCAGUUUCAUAAUUACAGUCUUUUAGGCAUAAAAGAAAGCAGCUACUUCACUGGAGUCAAUUACAUCCAUAGGGUUAAGGAAAUGACAUUGAGGCAGUGCCAGCCUGGCUUAUGGCUGUUUUCACCCAUGGCCUCAGAUCAGAAGUUCAAUGCCCACACUAGGACUUGAGUACAGCCUGGUAUUUAACACAAUUCUCAGGCAUUCCUGCUUUGUCACAUCAUGAAAUGCUUAUCAAGUGUCACGUUCAAAUGACCAUUCAAAGAUACCCUCCGACAUCAGGGCUGGUGUACUGGAAAUCCAACACUGAAAGGGAUUUCUUCAUGCAUUCCACAUCAUGAUAUACUUUGGAGCAAUUUGCUCCCUUGAAGUAGUAACUGAAGUUAAGAAACACUUUUCUCAUUGAAGUGUAAUUAGUUGGUCUCAUUACCAUCCCAUCAUUAUACCAAUGGCAAAACAACUUCAGGUAGAUGCCAAUCUAAGUCACAUCUUUCAACCUUUUUGUAUUUUCCUCAAGUGUGAAAGGGUGAUAUUUUGAUCAGAAACACAUGCCUGAAAGUUGGAGUUAAGCCUAAUUUGGUGAAGUAAACAAGUUAUGUAUGACACUAAUGCCUUCUCCCAUUUCCCAAGAAUUUGGUAAACACAUGUUGAAGGGUUGCCAUGGUCUUUUGCACAAUAAUUCCUGUACUGAAACAGAACCUGUGUGGUUCCUGUCAGGAGCUGUGUGCAGAGCUUGCUGCUGUUGUCUCAUUGUCAAACUGAUCACUGAGAAGCAAAUCUGUUCUUAUAGAACACACGGUACAGCAGCAACAAACUCCUAUACCAUAUGUAGCCUCCAAGGUGCAGGCUGAUCCAGUGAAUGCAGCAUGCAGCUCACAACAGAUUUGUCAAGAACAGGCUACAAUCAGUGAAGAAAACUCGAGUGAUUAGUUCUCCCUCAUCUGACAAUAAAACACUGAGUUUGGGAAACGCUUGUGUGCAAAACAUGGAUUGGAUAAUGCAGAAGCUUUAGAGUCAUAGAAUUAUACAGCAGAGAAGCUAGACCUUUGGCCCAACUCAUCCAUUCUGACCAAGGUGCCUACCUGAGCUGGUUCCAUUUGCUUGUGUUUGGCCCAUAUUCAUGUAAACCUUUCCUAUCCAUGUACCUGUCCAAAUGACUUUUAAAUGUGAUUGUACCUGCCUUUACUGCUUCCUUUGGCAGCUCGUUCCAAAUACUCACCACCCUCUGUGUGGAAAAACUUGCCCCUUAGGUCCCCUUUAGAUCUUUUCCUUCUCACCUUAAUCCUAUUCCCUCUUGUUUUAGACUCUUUUGCCCUGGGAAAAAGACUGUGACCUUUCACCCCAUCUAUGCUCCUCAUGAUUUUAUAAACUUCUAUAAGCCAUCAACUUCCUUCGCUCCAGGGAAAACAGUCCCAACCAAUCUAGUUUAUCCUUAUAACUAGAGUUGUUCUGACCUAGCAACAUCCUUGCAAAUCUUUUCUGCACCCUGUCAGGACUAAUCACAUCCUUCCGAUAGUAUGGUAAUCAGAACCUCACCCAAUACUCCAAGUGCAGUCUCACCAACAUCUCGUACAGCUGAAACAUGGUGUUCCAACUCUAGUACUCAAUGCCCCGACCAAUGAAGGCAAGCAUGCCAUAAAACUUCUUCACCACCCUGUCUACCAGUAUUGCCACUUUCAGGGAACUGUGUGCUUGUACCACUAGGUCUCUGUUCUACAACACUCCCCUGGACCCUGCCAUUUACUGUGGAUGUCUUGUCCUGGUUUAACGUCCCAAAAUGCAUCACUUCACAAUUGCCUCAGUUAAAUUCCAUCUGGCAUUCCUUUGCCCACUUUGCCAGGUGAUCAAGAUUCUGUUGUAACCUUAGAGAGCUGUCAUCACUGUUCACUGCACUACCGAUUUUAGUGUCAUCUGCACGUAAUUGCUGUCUCAUUCAUGAAUUCCUGCCAUUUGCUCCUGGUCUUUUGUGAGUGAGCAGCAAUAUACUGUAUAUAUAGUCAUGCUACAUUGUACUGACAGGUUGUGCCUUGCUUUAUGGUACAAGGCACAAAUAGUAAAUGAUAUGUUGACACCUGCACUCCUUAUGCUAAUCUGUGGUAAAGAUUAAAUGGAUUAUUUUUGUACUAGUUAUCCCAUUGAUGUUAAAUGUAUAGUCAAACAGCUGGAACAUGCAUUUCCAUCACAAUUUCAUCAGUGUACUUUGUUUAAAGCAACAAUAAAUAAAAAGGUUGCAUUAAUAUUGGAAGCUACUGUGUGCAUUUAUGUGAUGCCUAAACAGAUUGAAAAAUCAAAAAUAUGCAGAUACUGGAAAUCUGAAAUACAAACAGAAAAUGCUGGAAACACUAAGCAGGUUAAUUAGCACCUGGGGAAAGAGAAACAAAGGUAAUGUUUCAGGUCAAAGACUCUUCAUCAGACCUUUCGAUACCUGAGCAACUUCAAUAUCAAUCUUAAACUUGAACUCUGUUUCUCCUUCCACUGAUGCAGCUUGGAGAG